UUCCUCUCUUCCUCUCUUUUUCCUUUGUUGUUUUUCUUUUCAGAUCAUCUUCUGGAAAACCAGGACGAGAAGGCGGGAAAAACCCGAUUUCCCUUUCCAUUUUCCCGCUUCAAAUCCGGCUUUCUGGAAAGGGAAUCUUGAGGUUUUGAGGAAGGAUCCCUGAAAGCAGAAUCGAUAAUGGGAGGGGAGGAGCUAAUGCAGGGCGUUACUAAAAAUUCAAAUGGUCUAGAAGAAACAAUUCGUGUUUCUAUUAGGUUAAGACCAUUGAACGAUAAGGAAUUAGCUAAAAACGACUCGUCGGAUUGGGAAUGUAUUAACAAUAACUCCGUUAUGUUCAGAAGUACUUUACCGGAACGCUCUAUGUUUCCCCACUCUUACACAUUUGAUAGAGUAUUUGGAAUUGACAGUACAACAAAGCAAGUUUACGAAGAAGGGGCUAAAGAAGUUGUUCUUUCUGUGGUCAAAGGAAUUAAUUCAACAAUUUUUGCUUAUGGGCAAACAAGCAGUGGAAAGACUUUCACUAUGAAUGGAGUCACUCAAUAUUCUGUGGCAGACAUUUAUAGUUACAUCGAAUUGCAUCAAGACAGAGAAUUUGUGCUGAAGUUUUCAGCAAUUGAGAUAUACAACGAAGCUGUUAGAGAUCUCCUUAGCUUAGAAAAUAUCCCACUUAGACUGCUUGAUGAUCCGGAGAAAGGAACUGUUGUUGAGAAACUUACAGAGGAGACAUUGAAAGACAGGAAUCAUCUCCAGGACCUUCUUUCCUUCUGUGAAGUUCAAAGAAAGAUAGGGGAGACGUCUCUGAAUGAAACUAGCUCCAGAUCCCAUCAAAUCCUAAGACUAACAAUUGAAAGCUCCGCUCGCAAAUUCAAGAAGUCUGAAAGUUCAAGUAGUCUCACAGCUACAGUGAAUUUUGUUGAUCUUGCGGGAAGUGAACGUGCUUCUCAAACAAAUUCUGCUGGUACAAGACUGAAAGAAGGUUGCCACAUCAACCGUAGUUUGCUGACUUUGGGAACUGUCAUUCGUAAAUUAAGCAAAGGAAGGAAUGGGCACAUACCUUAUAGAGAUUCCAAGCUAACACGCAUACUGCAGAAUUCUCUCGGCGGUAAUGGUCGAACGGCUAUCAUUUGUACAAUGAGUCCUGCACGUAGCCAUGUCGAACAAUCAAGAAAUACAUUGCUAUUUGCUACUUGUGCAAAAGAGGUGAGUACAAAUGCACAAGUCAAUGUGGUAGUCUCAGAUAAGGCAUUGGUGAAGCAGUUGCAAAAAGAAUUGGCUAGACUUGAAAGUGAGAUGAAGAACUUAAAGCCACUUCCUGUCAAAGGUGAUUCUACUUCAUUACUGAAAGAGAAAGAACUUCUAAUUGAACAGAUGGACAAAGAGAUAAAGGAAUUGACACGGCAACGUGAUCUUGCUCAAUAUCGAAUCGAGAAUUUAUUGCAUUCGGUUGGAGAAGAUAGGAUAUUUAAGCUAAGUGAAAAUGCAGUACAAACAAUACCAGAUCUAGUUGACCUAGAUCUAGAUCUACGUUCUGACGACUCGAGUCUCAAAACUUUCGACACAUUUACUGCACAUGAAGAUAAUAGCCCUCACAAGAUUGAUCCUCUAUUCACUAUGAGUCAUGAGGACAAUUUUCUACUAGAUAGCAGUACUCCUGAAUUGGCUGGACCUGAUCCCUAUCAGGACUGGGAAGAGAUUGCUCAACGUGUUCAUGCAAAUUCUGAAGAUGGGUGUAAAGAUGUUCAAUGCAUUGAACAGGAAGAAUCAAAAGAAUCACUGGAUGAAAAUGGUGAUUUAACUUUAGCUAGACUGGAAGACAAUGAAGGGCAGAUGAUUAGUAGUUUUGGUACUAAUCAAGGGACAUCCCCACAAAGGAAGAAUAAGGAGAUAAUUACAAUCAACAAAGAUUAUACUUAUGAUGGUUUUAUGCCAAAAACGGCUGAGAUGCAGAAAACAUUGAAUUGUAUUUUAAAUCUUUAUCCUUCUGAGCAAUCUUUCAGCUCAAUUGAAGCAGCAAAAUCUCGUUUUCAAAACUUGAAGUUGGCCAGAAGCAAAAGUUGUUUGACUGUUCUAAUGACCAUCCCACCUUCUACUUUGAUUGAAAAGGAAGAACAGGAUCAGAAUAUUCAAAUUGUUGGAUCUGACGUGAACUUCUCUGGACAAGCAGAAGGUAGUCGGAGAAAGCGUGGUUUAAGCUGUGGAAAUUUGGAGGGAACUUUGGACACCAAGGACUCGCAUUCUGUAUGUAGUCGCUGUUCGGAAACCAAAACUUUACAAAUAAUAGAUGAAGAUGAUGACGAUAAUACUAGUGUUCUCAACUUUGCUACUGGAAAAAAAGGAAAGAGCAAAAAUCGGUUAAAGAAGCGAUCUGGUUCGAGGCUGGGAAGGGUCUCUAAAAAGGAAGAACCUAAAGAAACCACACAAGAAGUUCACAUGGAAGAGGCACAGGAUCUUCAGGCUCAUUCUGAGUGGGUUCUAGAGUUCCAAGGUCAACAAAGAGAUAUAAUUGAGCUUUGGGAUGCUUGCAAUGUACCAUUGGUCCACAGAUCUUAUUUCUUCAUCCUUUUUAAAGGAGAUCCUUCUGAUUCUGUAUACAUGGAAGUAGAGCUUAGAAGGUUGUUCUUUAUAAGAGAAGCCAUUUCUCGAUCAGUCAGUGCGUCAGGAAGGGGCGACACCAUCACGCUAGCUUCAAGUUUGAAGGCUCUAAACCGCGAGAGAGAAAUGUUGGCGAGGCGAAUGAAAAAGAAGUUCUCAGUGAAAGAAAGAGACGCCCUUUACCAGAAGUGGGGUAUUGACUUGAAGACGAAGCAACGAAGCAUACAAGUGGCACGAAUGCUAUGGUCGAGAACAAAGGAUUUCGACCAUAUAAACGAAAGUGCUACCCUUGUGGCAAAGCUCAUUGGAUUUGUGGAACCUUCUCAGGUCUCUAGGGAGAUGUUUGGGCUAUCCUUUUCACUACAAUCCUUAGAUCACAGAUCUUUUCCAUGGAAAAGGAACAUGUCUCUUCCUUUUUGAACAUUGUACCAUCUCAGUAUAUAUAUUUUUUUUAUUAUGUCUCUACUCAUCCAGACAAGUAGAAUCCAAUUAUGUAAUGAAAAUUCCCUAGAAGAUGGACAAGAUUCUCUUUAAUUUUUUUACCUUUGUUGUUGUAUUGUCAGUCUAAUUGAUUCUUGUUCUUGUGUAUAUAAAAAAUUGCAAAGGAGAUUAUUUGUAAUGGGGAGCGAACAUUUUCCUGCUUUGGUUUCGAUUGG